UCCAGCUACGGCGUCCUGCUGUGGGAGCUGCUAACAGGAGAGGCCCCCUACAAGGGGAUUGAUGGCCUGGCCGUUGCGUACGGAGUGGCUGUCAACAAGCUCACCCUGCCCAUCCCUUCCACAUGCCCCGAACCCUUCGCUCAGCUCAUGGCAGAAUGCUGGGACCAGGAUCCUCACCGAAGACCCGACUUCGGCUCCAUCCUGACGCAGCUGACGGCUCUGGAGCAGCAGGUGAAGGAGGAGAUGCCUCAGGAUUCUUUCCACUCGCUGCAGGAUGACUGGAAGCUGGAGAUACAGCACAUGUUUGAUGAGCUGCGGGCCAAAGAGAAGGAGCUGCGUUGCCGUGAAGAGGAGCUGAAGCGAGCGGCUCUGGAGCAGAAGUCCCAUGAAGAGUUCCUGCGGCAGCGGGAGCAGCAGCUGGCCCAGUGGGAGCAGGACGUCUUCGAGCGCGAGCUCAGCCUCCUCAUCCUCCACCUCAACCAGAACCAGGAGAAACCCAAUGUCAAGAAGAGGAAGGGCACCUUCAAGAAGCACAAACUCAAGAGCAAGAACGGCGAGAAGAUCAGCAUGCCGCAAGAUUUCAUCCAUAAAAUUACAGUGCAGGCGUCCCCAGGCCUGGAAAAGAGGCGUAACUCUCCAGAUUUGGGUUCAGGCUCCUCGCCUUCAUUCGGCCCACGGUUUCGUGCAAUUCAACUCAGUCCCAGCGACAGCAGCAGGACGUUUGGACUCACCCCGGUCCGACCUUUAGAGACCCCCUCUAUCAAGCAGUCCAAUGGAGACCUGAGGUUGAACCCACACUGGAGGCCCCAGAGCCCAAAGAGUCCAAAGAGCCCGAAGGUUCUGCGGCUGAGUCCUCAGGAAAGCAGUUUGUCGAUGAGGGCCAAGCUGCUGGGGUCAGACAGCAAUGAGAACGGAGAGUCCAUGGAUGACUUUGAGGAGUACCGCCCCCCCACACCGACCCCAGCCUCCUCUCAGAACGGCUCCUCAUCCAAGGACAGCCUGCGGCUUCCUCCCUCUCAGGGAGACUCCGGCAGCGAGGAGGGGGGCUACUCUCCGGCCGGCUCCCCCAUGCCUGAGAGGGGUUCUCUUGGCAGCAUGAUCAAGAACACACACCGGGCGUUGCUAGGUUGCGGCUCCCUCUUGGCCUCCGUGGCACUCGGCCGAGGCUUGGAUGUCCCCCCUCGGGUGCCGCCUCGAACUAACCCCCCAUCCUCCGAGGAGCGCGCCUCCUUUGAACUUGAGAUCUCCCACCCUAGACCUCUAAUAACAGACCCCCCUGUGGUGGACGACCUGAUUACCUUCUCCACCUCUGAGCCGCUCCCUAGACCCCUGUUGGAUUUAGCCCUGCAGUACCAAGAGCUGAAGCCGCUGCCCCUGACGCCGCCUCCUCCAAAUCCCAGAGAGAGGUCCGGACCUCGAACGCCGCAGACGCACCACAGCCCGACGAGUCCCGGGACCCCGAUGCAGCAGGACGGAGCCGUUCCAGCAGACUGGACCGCUAGUUCUGGUUCCAGCAACGGAGAGCUGAGCAGCGAUGGAUGGGAGCACAGACCCGACAGGAGGAGGAGGUCCAGCUACGGCCUGCAUGCUUCUCAGUUAGUUUUAGAUCUGCCGCUGUGCCAGGACACUCUGGAUUAUGAGGACAAGACUUCUGUGCCGUACGCCCUCCAUCCCAACCCGGCGCUCUGGAGCCCCAAAACUCGCCGCCUGGAGGUCAGCGUCAUUCCGAGGCCACGCCCAUCCCCUAUCCGGCCUCGCAUCGACCCGUGGAGCUUCAUCUCUGCUGGCGGCGGCAUCUCAGGCGGCGGCCGUAGCCCGCUCCGGUCGGACGGCCACCCCCUGGGCUACCAGCCGUCCCCCACCAACCCCUUCACCAGCUGCGACCCUUUCCCCUCCCCGGACUGCGACCCCUUCACCCUCAAGGCGGACCCUUCCUGCAGCUCCGACGGCUCCUCCCCCUUCGACCCUUUCUCCGCUCCCUUUCCGACCUCCCGCUCGGCGCCCUGCUCCGCCAACGGCUCCCCGACGCUGCCGUCGUUCCGCAUCGCGCCCAUCAGCCCGGCGGACCCGGCCUUCAUGGACCUUCGCUGGGCGGCCUGCGGCAGGCCUCUGGAUAUGACCAAAGAGAGGGCGCUCCCCAGCAGAACUCUGGGGCUGAAGCCCUUCAAGUCUCCGACGCAGCUCAGAGACGAUCGGUUCUGAACGCAGACGGGGAUUUUCUGAAACGCAGCCGAUCAGUCCAGGAACAUUUUCACUACUGUUUAUUUCUCCAGAAUAAAAAGUCUGGAAAGGGAGGGAGCGGCGGGCAUGGAGGGGCUUAUUUAUAUACCAGCCUGGUGCUUUGAGAAGCAGAACACCAGUGGAAAGGUGGUACAAUGCAUUGUGGGAUAUCAGCCUGUGAACCAAUCGCUGGUGCCAAUUUCAUCUUUCCUGUGUGUCCCUUUUGAAGGAGCAGAAUACAGAUCAGCAGCCUCAUCUUGAGCUUCUGUCAGCGCUGCUCCUAUCACCCGCUUUCAUCUCCAGGAGGCUUUGAAGCGUUGUGACAAUGCAGAGGUGGAUCAGGCCAUUUUUCUCCUUUUUUACAGCUUUAUUCGCCUCUAACGGCUCCGCAGACUGAAAGCAUUCAGGACAAUGAAAGAAAAUUGGUGUGCCUUUAUUUUGUGAAGUCUUUUUUUUUUUCUUUUUGUUAAUAUAUCUCUUAAAGGUUCCCUGAACCGUUUAUCUGGUUCUCAGAUAAAAUGCUAUGAAAAAAUUUGACCUAAAUUUCCAGAUCAUGUACAAAAAAAAAAAGAAAAAAACACCAAAUCAUCUGCGUUUGAGUGUGCAUCAUUGUUUGAAGAAAGCUUCUUUUCUCUCUACUUUUUUUUUUUUUUCUUUAUGGGAGAAUCCACUCAGUAGAUAUUCUCGGCCGCUCGUGAAACUCAAGACAAAACCGCGACCCGAGGGCGAAGCGGAAAGCAUUCCAGUCACAUUCCUCGGGAAAUGCCAGGAAUUGGGCCAGAGCCACUGGGCUGGCAGGCGACGCGGCGAGGCACAGGAAGCGGGACGGGGAGCCCUCUGCACCCCUCCUCCUCACGCCAGAGAGCGCCGCCGAGCAUCGCCAUGCCGCCGGACAAAAGGUGCUUACAAAAAGCCGUUUUGCGGCCGUGUGAGGUGCCAGGCGGGGAUUCACGUGCGGUCGGUGCAUCUACAGAUGGCGGGGACACAAAUAGACUUUAUUACGUUCGUAAAAUCUUUGUGUGGUGUUUAUAAAAAGCUUUGAAAGCUUUAAUAGAAGGAAAUCAACUCAUUUAAAAUCUGCAGUCGUUACAUAAUUAGAAUCUGGAGUUUAUAAUAAAACAGAUUUAACGCAUUAUUGCAUCUUUCCACUUUCAGCUUUUAUUCAAAAACUCCAAGCUGCUCUUUUUCAGAAAGAUUUGUCCGUAUUCUGAAGUACUUAAAUCCAACAAAUAGGUCUGAAUUUUAAUUUUCUUUCCUUAAUAAAACCCUUCCACAUCAGGAUGUUAAUGAUUCAAUUAGUUAAAACCCCGCUGCGUGUCCCCGUUUGGCCCGCUCUGAGGUUUUAACAUCCCCCGCUAUCCGCAGGUCCCUCUGUCACACGUGCCACCGCCAGGUUGCCAAGCAACUAGCUGAGACAUUUAGGCCAACUUCUGCAGUCAAAUUGGAUGAUUUUAUGUUUUUUUAUUUUUUGGUAACGUUUGCUCAGAGGCUGGCUGGAUGUUUGGCUUCAUGCUUUGCUUCGGUUUACCUCGUUUUAAUUAGUAUUUGAUCAAACUCUCUGGAGGACGAAGGAAUCCGGUGACGGAUGUUAUCCAUUGUGAUUCCGGUUGAUGGGGCCACAUAAAAUGUUCACCUUUAGCUAAACUUGCUGCUGACUUCUUAUCCUCAGGAUUGUGCUUAAUAUAAAACAGAUGAUUCAAACCAGAACUCCUUAUUAAUAAGCACCUUAUUAGCAAUCCGUUAUGGAUGCAGCUGGAAGAGACUCGCUCAAUAAGAGAAGUCCUGUUAGAGAGGAAUAGGUGUCAAAUAAUACAGUCUAGAUUCUGACAGGGUUCAUCCGGUAGGGUGUUGUAUGGAGUGAAUUUUGAUCCAUUAUUGUUGCAAGCAAAUUGCUAUUUUGAAAAAACAAUUUUCCAAAAAAAUAAUACUUU